AUGUCGUCCCCAACGAUCACUCUCUACUACAGGCCCGGCUCGUGCUCCCUUGUAGCCCACGCCCUCCUCCUCCAUCUCGGCAUCCCCUUCAAGACCGUCCAGCUGAGGCCCAACGCCAAUAAGCGCUUCGAAGCCGCAGACGGUAGCUUCACCCAUGAAGACUACUGCAAAAUCAACCCCUCAGGCUACGUUCCGGCCCUCGUCCUCGACAGUGGCGAAGUCAUCACAGAGCUCCCGGCCGUCCUGACCUACAUCGCCUGCAUCGCCCCGCCCGAGCAAACCGACAAGUUGCUGGGUUCCAGCGCCCUCGACCGCGCAAAGGUGAAUGAGUGGACCAACUGGCUGAGCGGGACAUUCCUGGGCGCGAGUCUCGCGGCGUGUGCGAGGCCGUACCGGUUCGCUGAUGGAGACGAGGCUCGCAAGGCGGUCGCGGACAAGGGCUGGGAGCAUAUCUUGGAAUGUUACGAGAGGAUUGAAUCCAGGCUGGAGGGCCGAGAGUGGACUGUGGGCGACGGUCUGACGGUGGUCGAUUUGUACAUGUAUUACUUCCGACGAUCGGCAGUGUACAUGACUGAUUUGGGCGAGUAUCCCAACUUUGAGCGCUUACAAAAGAAGGUGGAGAAGCUGGAGGGUAUUCAGAAAGUGUUGCAAGUGGAAGAACUCAAACCGGUCUACGAGUGA